AUGGCGGCCACCGAACUUGAGGCGGUGCGCCUCUACAAGGAGGUCGUCGACCGGCUUCUGGAACGCGCAGCUGAAGUCAAGCCUGAUUCUCACAUCGAACCACCAUUGACCGAAGGGACCCUAGGCGAGCCAAUCUGGCAAGUCCCUGUCGAAAAGCAGGAUAUUAUCAAGGGACUCAACUUACAGACUCAAUUCGCCGCUGUGGAGAUUGCAUUUCGCGAGAAAUUCUAUCGCAUCCUGGCAUCAACCUCGAUCCAAGACCCUUCUUUCAUUCAUAUCUGGAACCUACUUGAUAUCGUCUCUAUCUUUUCCGACAACGAACAAUGUGAACCCGGUCUGAUAUUUUGGCUGAUUGAAGAGCUUCUGGACAGCCAAACAAUUGAUGGCUGUCGAAAGGUCUUUGAUUACUUGGAGUCGCGCCGCGAGCGCAAUAUCAAGAAACAUUUCAAACAGAAGAGCCUCGUCAUCUUAAGAUCUUGUAACGAACUUCUCCGCCGACUAUCCCGGGCCGAAGAUACGGUGUUCUGCGGUCGAGUCUUCAUCUUCCUAUUCCAGAGCUUCCCACUUGGGGACAAGAGUUCUGUCAACCUCCGGGGCGAAUUCCACACCGAAAAUGUUACUACCUACGACGAUGUCUCCAGGGCAUCUGCUCAAAAUGACGAAGACACAAUCAUGGCCGAUGGCAACGAGGGAGAUUCUCCCACCGAGGUUCCAACAGACGGUACAAUGCAGCCUGAGGGAUCGUCACAGGUUCCAAAGGUGGUUGUCACGGCAGAUAAAACGACGAAAGGACGGAAAGGCGACAACAAGAAGGAAAAUGUUGACCUGGACGCUCUUUAUCCAGUGUUUUGGAGUUUACAAGCCUACUUCUCCGCCCCAAGCAAGAUGUUCGACUCGCCGCGAUUCGCCGACUUCAAGGCUGGCCUUGACGCGACGCUCUCUGCAUUCAAAAAUAUCAACACUGAACUCGAGAAUCCGAGCGGCUCGCGCUCGUCUGAUGAAGCCCGAAAGACCCACAAGCGCAAGCGUGUUACUGAUGAUGCUGAAAUUGGAACGAGUUUCAACCCGAAAUACCUCACCAGCAGGGACCUGUUUGAUCUCGAAGUGAGUGACACAGCCUUUAGACGACACGUUCUAGUACAAGCUCUCAUUCUCAUCGAUUUCAUGUUGUCUCUCGCGCCAAACGCCAAGGCUCGAUUGGCCGACGCAACAAACAAGUCUGUCCUGUACGGCUUUGUCCUCAAUGAAGAGCAUGCUAAAUGGGCUACUGAUAUGAGAAAGAGCAUUGAGGGAUACUUACGUCAGGGUGAUGGUGGGAAUUUCUACUUCCGGAUGGUCGAUACCGUAUUGUCCAGGGAUAAGAAUUGGGUGCGCUGGAAGGCUGAAGGAUGCCCACCGAUCGAGCGGGCGGCAGUCUCAGUGCCAGAUUACAUGCAGGCACGAGAGCAUGCAACCAAAGCCUACGCCAACAAGCGACUUCGUCCCUCUCCAAUGGGAUCUUUGGAUCUCAAGUUCUUGUCCGAUAGCGAAGCAUUGGCCAACAUCGAGCGGCUGAAGGAAUCAGGCAGGGUUGCUGUACCCUCCGGGGAAUCUCUGAUGAUGGGUAUCAUGGACGACGAGAUGGAUUUGGGUAUUGCCCAGACCACGGACGACAAAGAUAUUGCAGAAAAGGCCAAGUCAAGCAAGAUUUGGCGCCUCCUCCGCUUGUCAGUAAAGACAAAGCUUGCCAGGUUCGACAAAUUCAAAGAUGGGGAAAACGUCAACGCUCUAUUCGAGAGCCCGGAUGCACCGACGGGGACCCCUCAGCCCACUGAAGGCACGGAGAGCACUAGUCAGCCACCCGAGGACGGGGCUGGCCAAGACACCACUACAAAGCAGACCUCUUUCGUUGGCGACGGUGCACAAGACGAAGUGAUCAAGGACAUCCCUGUCGCCAACGAGAGCCAAGACGUCACCGACAACUCUCAACCAGACGUGUCCCAACCAGAAGCAAAGCCCGAACCGGGAUCACUUGCACCCCCGGAGGAAAAUACGAAUGAUGCGCCAAACCCAUUGGCUUCUAGCGCAGCUUCCCGAGAUAAUCUCACAGAGGAGACAGCGGCAACCUGA